AUGCCUUCGCCCGGUAUAUGGAAGUUCGCCUUCGUCAGAGAUCCUGAGGACGUUCUAGAAAGCGCGAAAGGUUACGAACGAAGAAGAUCGGAGAAUUCCGCUCAAUUUAGGGCCACGGUCAGUGACGGCAACGGGAAGCUCAAUCAGGAGUUCCGGACCAUCAAGUCAGAGAAGCUGACAUGA